AUGCCAGCUAGAUCUACUCGCGUUGCAAAAAAACAAGCUGCAAUUUCGUCGCAAGCUAACCCUCGUGGUGAGACUAGAACGGCAGAAAGUACACAAACAAUUGAAACGAACUACGACGAAAUGUCAGCAACAGAACUGAUCAGCGCUAUUGCUGAACGAAACAAGAACACAUUUAUUAGUAAGAUGUUAGCAGCACUUUCUGAAAAAGUUAGAAUGAAUUUCGCCGAACAGUUUGAAGCGGACAACGGCUUGUGGAGCGUAGUAAUCAGUGGCCUCGCAGACUUAGGGUCUUCAGAGAGACUGGACAACCUGGAGGAAAAAGUCAACGAUAUUUUGCUUGCAUUAAACGUGAGCCGUCGUUCAGUUGAUCUAUACCGAAUGGAUAACCUAAUGCUUCACGUCCACGCUUAG